AGCUACAUGACUUACUGACAGGGGAUCUGCCGUGCGACCAGAUAAACCAGGACUUGCAGCAAGCCAACGAUGCUCUACGAGCAGAACUCAACAAAGAAAUGGAGGAAAAAAACCUUCUUCGCUGCCAGUCUGAUCAAAAAUCUCAAGAAAUCCAUCAGCUGCAAGAAGAACUGAAAACAGCUAAACAGUUUCUGAAGGAGACCCAGAAUUAUGCGGAAGAGAUGAAAAAGAAGAGUUUGUCUCAGGAAAUACAAUUAGAAAAGAAAGAAGCUGAGAUUUGGGAUUUAGAGGGGAAAAAUCAAGAUUUGACUGAGGAACUUGAGAAAGUGCAGUCAGAGUUGCAACUUAAACAAGCUGAGAUCGCUCAUCUCCAAAAUCUAUCUGCAGCCGAGUUGGCUUGUUUAAAAAAGGAAAUAGUAAACAUCAAGGCAGAGCAAAAGAAACUUCAAGAGCAACUUAACAACUCGCUUCAAGAAAAUGAGCAACUGAGCAAGGAACACACCUCACUUGGUGAAGAGCAUACCUGGAAGACAAGAUGCCCCCAGGGUUAUGGUGGGUCACUCAGAAAAAAGAGCGUCCAGCUUUCUGAACCGCACACCUUGUGCUGUACCGUUUUUCAAUAUGUCAGGGUACACUUCCUUUUAGUUUACUUUUACAGAAUUCAGUAGUGUUGGAACAAAAACAUAGGAAUGGACAGAUGGGUUCAAACUAGUGGUCCAUUGAGUCUCCUGUAUGUCAUCUGACGGUGGCCAGUAUCAGUUGCUUCAGAG